GAUAAGACGCCUGCUUGUCAUCUGUUACUUGUCACCGAUUGGCGGAGAGUUGUGGUUUCCAGGUGUCGCGGUAGGCUGCGUUACCACGUCAGUGAAGUUUACAGGGAAGACUGUAGCCGGCUCCUCGCCGGGCCUGUGCUGUGGACGUGUCCUGUCCCCGUAGUGUAUGUGGUUGUGCCCAGUGCUUGGUGGCAGCUUACUGUCCUGUGGAGCCCAUGGUGAUUCGUUGGUGUAUUCUGACCACCAGAGCUGAAUGUGAAGCCAACGUCACCGCCGCUGCCUAGGCCGCCAUUUUGGAUCCAGGGUCAAUCCCACUGACAGGACUGUUAAAAUGGUGGACAAGAAUAUUUACAUCGUUCAAGGGGAAAUCGGCAUCAUUGUUGGAGCCAUAAAACGCAAUGCACGAUGGAGCAUGCACACACCUCUGGAUGAAGAGCAGGACCCCUUGCUGCACAGUUUUAGCCAGCUUAAAGACAUACUGAAUAAUAUAAAACAUCUAUCUGAAAUUGAGCCCAAUGUAUUCCUUCGUCCUUUCUUGGAGGUUAUUCGGUCUGAAGAUACCACUGGCCCCAUUACAGGCCUUGCUUUGACUUCUGUUAACAAGUUUCUCUCUUAUGCACUAAUAGAUCCAGCUCAUGAUGGUACAGCUGAAGGAAUUGAGAACAUGGCAGAUGCAGUUACACAUGCCCGCUUUGUUGGCACCGACCCAGCAAGCGAUGAGGUUGUGCUGAUGAAAAUUCUGCAGGUUUUGCGCACCUUGCUGCUCACUCCAGUUGGAGCUCAUUUGACCAAUGAGUCUGUGUGCGAGAUUAUGCAGUCCUGCUUCCGGAUAUGUUUUGAAAUGAGACUGAGUGAGUUAUUGAGAAAAUCUGCAGAGCACACUCUUGUCGACAUGGUGCAGCUGCUCUUCUCAAGAUUACCUCAGUUUAAAGAAGAAUCAAAAAGUUAUGCAGGAGCAAAUAUGAAAAAGAUCUCUUCAUGUCUUCUCUGCAAACUGGACACCAAUAGUGGUGAACAAUCCAAAAACAUCAACCAGUUAGAGAGGGCUUACAAUAUCUUUUGGAAAAACAAACGUGUACAGCUAAAAAUGAGAGCUGGUGGUGCUAGUGAAUCCUCAAAGUGGAAAAAACAGAAGCGAUCUCCAAGGCCCCAACGUCACAUGACCAAGGCUAUGGCUGGUGCAGAAUCUUUACCACAGCCUUUAUCUAAUGGCUCUUCAGCAGGGGGUAUUCCUUUCAUGGAGCCGACCUCUCCAGAUGCUACAUCUCCCAUCUCAGGUGGUAGUUCUGAGACAACGUCAUCUGCUGUCACCCCAACAGCUGACAGUGGAGUAGGGUUCUUGUCACAAGCUACAUCAAAGGAAGAUCUGUCAGAAGUGGAUGCAAGCCCUGUUGCUUCUGCUUUGCGUGCCCCUAGAGAUCUGUAUACAUCAGAACCACAAAACCAGGAUGAACAGAAGAAUGAUGAAUUAAUGGGAAGAAAAACACAAUCUGCCUCAGUUGAAUCCAUCCCUGAAGUUCUAGAAGACAACUCUUCAAUAGCUGACAAUUCGGACUCUGCCUCUGUUCAUGACAUGGACUAUGUCAAUCCUCGAGGUGUUAGAUUUACACAGUCUUCACAAAAAGAAGGAGCUGUCUUAGUCCCUUAUGGUCUUCCUUGUAUACGGGAAUUGUUCCGCUUUCUUAUUUCACUUACCAAUCCCCAUGACCGCCAUAAUUCUGAAGUGAUGAUACACAUGGGUUUACAGCUCAUCACAGUAGCUUUGGAGUGUGCACCCAUUGCGAACUACAUUUCUCUCCUGGGUCUUGUGAGGGAUGAGCUUUGCCGGCACUUAUUUCAGCUCUUAAGUGGAGAACGUUUAAAUCUAUACACAGCUUCUUUGCGAGCAUGUUUCCUUCUAUUUGAAAGUAUGAGAGAGCAUCUGAAAUUUCAACUGGAGAUGUACGUAAAGAAGCUGAUGGAUAUCAUUACCAUAGAAAAUCCAAAGAUUCCAUAUGAGAUGAAAGAAAUGGCAUUAGAAGCCAUUGUACAGCUCUGGAGGAUACCCAGCUUUGUAACUGAGCUCUACAUCAACUAUGACUGUGAUUACUAUUGCUCCAACCUCUUUGAGGACCUUACCAAACUUCUCUCCAAGAAUGCAUUUCCAGUGUCUGGACAGCUGUACACCACUCACUUGCUUUCUCUUGAAGCUCUACUGACAGUCAUUGACAGCACAGAAGCUCAUUGUCAGGCUAAAAUUCUAAGCAACACAUUACAGGACAAAAAAGAAGCUGUUAAAAAUGUAGCUGAUACAGAAAUAGCUGAGGAUCCUGGGAGCAGCACUGAACGCACAAUGGAAAACGCUCCUCCAAACCUCAGCGCAGAAUCACAGGGCGCACGGCCUCCAACUAGUGGUCAUCUUAUGGCUGAUAAGAUGAAUCUAGGUAUUCAAGAGGCUGAAGAUGGCAGUGAUAGAGCUGAUAAGAAGACUCAGAAGAAACCUUCACGUUUUUCAUCAUUCCUUCCUACAGUACAAGAGCUGAAUGAUAUUAAGAACAAGAAAAAGCUCCUUAUAACUGGAACUGAGCAAUUUAAUCAAAAGCCGAAGAAAGGCAUACAGUUUCUUCAAGAAAAAAAUCUCUUGGCAACACCAAUGGAUAACAAGGAGGUGGCUCAGUGGCUCAGGGAGAACCCAAGACUGGACAAAAAAAUGAUUGGAGAAUUUAUAAGUGAUCGCAAGAACCUCGAUCUACUUGAGAGUUUUGUGGGAACAUUUCCGUUCCAAGGCUUGAGAGUUGAUGAAGCAUUAAGACUUUACCUUGAAGCCUUCCGUUUACCAGGGGAAGCACCAGUUAUUCAUAGGUUACUGGAAGUAUUUACAGAGCACUGGAGGAACUCCAAUGGAACUCCUUUUGCACAUAGUGAUGCCUGCUUUGCCUUGGCAUAUGCGGUCAUCAUGCUUAAUACUGACCAACACAAUCACAAUGUCCGCAAGCAAAGUGUGCCAAUGACUCUAGAGGAGUUCAGGAAAAACUUGAAAGGUGUCAAUGGUGGAAAGGAUUUUGACCAAGAUAUGCUUGAAGAUAUUUAUCAUGCCAUCAAGAAUGAUGAAAUAGUGAUGCCUGAAGAACAAACAGGUCUGGUCAAGGAAAAUUACAUGUGGAGUGUGUUGCUGCAUAGAGGCGCAUCAUCUGAAGGCAUCUUCCUGCAUGUUACACCCGGAAGUUAUGACCAUGAUCUGUUUACUAUGACCUGGGGGCCAACUAUUGCUGCCUUGUCAUAUGUGUUUGACAAGAGCAUGGAAGAGACCAUCAUUCAGAAAGCCAUAUCUGGAUUCAGGAAAUGUGCAAUGAUAUCUGCACACUAUGGGUUGAGUGAUGUUUUUGACAAUCUCAUCAUUUCUCUCUGCAAGUUUACAACUCUUAGUAGUGAGGCUGUAGAAAAUCUGCCCACUGGUUUUGGUAGCAACCUUAAAGCUCAGAUAGCAGCCAGGACUGUGUUUAACCUUGCCUACCGACAUGGAGAUAUUUUGCGUGAAGGCUGGAAAAACAUAAUGGACUCCAUGUUGCAAUUGUUUCGGGCUGAGCUAUUGCCUAAGGCUAUGGUUGAAGUUGAAGACUUUGUUGACCCCAAUGGAAAGAUUUCUCUUCAGCGUGAGGAAAUUCCAGCAAACCGUGGGGAAUCUACAGUCCUGAGUUUUGUCAGCUGGUUGACACUCAGUGGCACAGAGCAGUCCAGUCUAAGAGGGCCUUCUACCGAAAACCAGGAAGCAAAGAAGAUGGCUUUAGAAUGUAUUAAGCUGUGUGAUCCAGAAAAACUUAUCACCGAGAGCAAGUUCCUCCAGUUAGAGUCUCUGCAGGAGCUUAUGAAGGCACUGAUAUCUGUAACCCCUGAUGAAGAGACAUAUGAUGAAGAAGAUGCUGCCUUCUGCUUGGAAAUGCUGCUCAGAAUAGUCCUUGAAAACAGAGACCGUGUUGGAUGUGUCUGGCAAGUAGUACGAGAUCACCUCUACCAUCUUUGCGCUCAUGCUGUGGAGUUUUGUUUUCUUGUUGAACGUGCAGUGGUGGGAUUGCUGCGACUUGCUAUUCGACUAUUGCGUCGUGAGGAUAUUAGUGGACAGGUUCUCCUCUCACUCCGUAUUCUUUUAAUGAUGAAACCAAGCGUCCUGUCCAGGGUGAGCCGACAAAUCGCUUUUGGCCUUCACGAACUGCUGAAAACCAAUGCUGCCAACAUCCAUUCUAGCAAUGACUGGUACACCCUGUUCUGCUUGUUAGAGUGCAUUGGAGCAGGAGUGAAACCGCCACCUGCCCUGCAGGUGACAACCAGAAGCAAUAAUGAUGCAGGUGCUCAGUCUGACAGUGAAGUCUCCUCUUAUCACUCCACUGAUGUUAGCUUAGAUCGGGGAUACACCUCAGAUUCAGAAGUAUACACAGAGCACAGCAAGCAAGCCAAAAUGCACAGAUCAGUUACUGAUGUGGAUAUGGCUAACAGUGGAUGGCUUGUGGUCGCAAAGGAAGAUGUAGAUUCUUCUAGAAUGUCAGCAGCCAUAAACAAGCCAGGAUCAAACACUCCAGUAAACCAAUACAGUUUAAUAAUUGGUCUAGACUUUGGGCCACACGAUACUAAAUCUCUCAUGAAAAGUGUGGAAUCUCUGUCUUUUAUUGUCCGCGACGCUGCACAUGUCACACCAGAGAACUUUGAGUUGUGCGUAAAGACAAUUCGGGUCUUUGUAGAGGCGAGUCUUAAUGGAGGUGUGUGGUAUAAAUCGCAAGAGAGGAGAGCAAAGAGUCAUAAGUAUGAUAGCAAAGCUAAUCGCUUCAGGAAGAAAAGUAAAGAAAAGGAAAAUCCUGUUCGUCGCUCCAAGGUCUCCAAUCAGCGCCAGUACCGUUCACAUAGUGAUGAUGAAGAGGAUGAGAGUGUGCCUGCCAGCUACCACACUGUGUCAUUACAGGUUAGUCACGACCUUCUCGAUCUGAUGCACACACUUCACACCAGGGCUGCCACAAUUUACAGUUCUUGGGCAGAGGAACAGCGCCAUCUAGAGACUGCAGGAGAGAAGAUCACAGCAGAUUCCAGGACUUUGUGGUCAAACUGCUGGUGCCCAUUGCUGCAAGGUAUUGCAUGGCUCUGUUGUGAUGCCAGACGCCAGGUCAGAAUGCAAGCUCUCACUUACCUGCAGAGAGCACUUUUAGUUCAUGACCUACAAACCUUAGAUGCACUUGAAUGGGAAGCAUGCUUUAACAAGGUGCUGUUUCCACUGUUAACAAAGCUUUUGGAGAACAUUAGUCCGGCUGAUGUAGGAGGCAUGGAAGAGACAAGAAUGAGAGCCUCCACUUUGCUUUCUAAAGUCUUCCUGCAGCAUUUGUCUCCUUUGCUGUCUCUUUCUACAUUUGCAGCAUUGUGGUUAACGAUAUUAGAAUUUAUGGACAAGUACAUGCAUGCUGGCUCAAGUGACUUACUGUUGGAGGCAAUACCUGAAUCCUUGAAGAAUAUGCUGCUGGUAAUGGACACAGCUGGAAUUUUUCACAGUGCAGAUUCCAGAACUGGAUAUUCAGAUCUAUGGGAGAUCACAUGGGAGAGAAUAGACUGCUUCUUACCUCGGCUAAGAGAGGAGCUUUUCAAACAGACUGUGAUACAAGAUCCGCCUCAUGUAGCUGCAACUGAACCACAUCCUCAGAAAACACUAAUGGCACCCAGUAUAGUACCUCCUGUCUCAGAGCCCAAACCUGUCACCCAGACAGUCCAGCCAGAGAGGCCAACAGAGCAAGCACAUUCUGGUAAUGACUCUGAUUCUAAGUGCCUAGGACUAUCUGCAGUGCCAGGAUCCAGUCCUUCCUGUACUCCAAUAAGAAUGAGCCCUGUAACAGAUGUACCUUCCCCUAUAGCUCAAUCUCCUUUCAUCUUGCACCCCUUGACUUCCCCAUUACAGGUGGGAGUUCCACCAAUGUCGCUGCCAAUCAUCCUUAACCCUGCUUUAAUAGAAGCUACCUCUCCUGUACCCCUCCUGUCCACGCCUCGGCCUGCUGAAACAUCACCAGAAGUCAACUGAUCCCUCAGCGAUGAACUAUGCUUGAUUUUCACAUGAACUUAAAGUGGUACUGGUAUGGAACCCCACUGUCACUUUUAUUUAAGAGACAUAAUAAUUCUUCUAAAAUAACUAGACAUUGAUGGAACACAAUCACAAUGGAUGAUAUCUAGAAUAAUCAAGCUUCUCCCUUUAUCCCAAUUGACUCUAGCCAUGGUCAUCCUCAGUCCAACAAUAAAGCAAUUCUAAUGAACUCUGUACACUGUAAAGACAUUUUAUAAUGCCAAGAAAAGAAUGGCUUGACAUUACAUGUAUCGUUACAUUGUCUGGAUUUAUCCGGUGAGCUCAGUCCCUUGUUCUUUCAGAUGAUUGUGUGAGAGCCGUUGCUUGUGCUUAGACAUUCCUUGUAUGAAACCUUCUUCGAUAAGUUAAAUUUUUCCCUAAAUAUACAUACGUCCCCUCAUGUUGUCUACGGCCUUGCCUUUUGUUGGCAGUGCUCCUUUUUCCAUUGUGUUACCAGGACUGGACUGAUCUGAGAGGUUUUUUGCAAGUGGUACCUAACUUUUCUACUACAUGAAAGAUCUUAUUAAUAGUCCACAAAGAAGAUUGGUUCCUGGAGUCUGCAGCGUUAUGUCUAUUAUUUUAGUCUACUCUUUUAGACUGUUAUAUAGCAUGCUGCAUUUAUGAAAAUGCCUACACCACCAAAGGAUACAGGUGCUAUUUUUCUUCUGUAAAUUCAGAAUAACAUAUAACAUAAUGUCUAAAACGUGAUUGACAAUGUAUACAGCUGCUUUUACCAUUGGCAUUACAGUUUCUGCAGUUGUUGGGGGUUGGAAUUUAAAGUGAAUGUGUCUGCAGUUUUGAGCGGUGCUAAAUAGGCAAUAGUGAACUUGGCGAAUGCAUAUGCUGCUUACAUGAAUGAGAAAAAUAACAUUUAAUCCCCCUCCUGCAAUCGCUGGUGUCCUCUAGGCAGCCUUUUCCUGUACAGUGUCCUAGGCUUUCUGCACUGAACGAUCUCCAUCCCCUUCUCUCUGCUAAGAAUAAUGGCUUAAGAGUCCUAUCAGUGCAGAUAGCCCAGGACACUGUAUCAGAAGGGACCACAUUUGCAAUUGUAGCAUGAGGAGGAAUUUUUUUUUCUUGACGUAACCAUCCACUGAAGUAUGUUUAAGCUGCUUUACCUCUUACCUAUCUAGUACUUUUAGCAGAUUUCAGGGUUCAAAACUGCUAACAGACUUAAACAACUGUGUUAGCCGUAAACCUUAAAGGGGUACUCUGCUGCUCAGCGUUUGGAACAAACUGUUCCGAACGCUGGAGUUGGGAGCUCAUGAUGUCAUAGCCCCGCCCCUCACGAUGUCGUCACACCCCCUCCCAUAGACUUGCAUUGAGGGGGAGGGAGCGUGGUGUCAUGAUGGGGCGGGGCUAUGACGGCAUGAGCUGCCGGCUCCAGCCUUCGGAACAGUUUGUUCCAAACGCUGAGCAGCGGAGUACCCCUUUAGGGCAAUAACUAUUAUUAUAGCUUGGAAAGGACUAGAAGGGGCUUAGAACACUUGCAUUAAACCACAGUAAUAUUGCAUAUACACAGUACUUGCCAGAAUGCUGCAAUUACAAAAGCAAUCUUGAUGAUCUCAUAAAUUAUUCAGAAUGUUUGCACAGACAGACAUUUAACUUUUUUUUUUUUUUUUUUU